GUUAGGUUCUUGCAGGAUUUCCUUCCAGCCUUUCCCCACUAAGGUUCUUGGGAAUUUUAAAAAAAAAAAAAAAAUCUAAACACACAAACCAAGUUUUCCUAUUUACCGUGUUCAGGGAAGGUAGGCAUUUCGGAUGGACAGAUCCGAUCCCAAGUUGUCUGAGAAGCAGAAAACUGCGCAAAGAAGCUCUGAUUACAGAUCUUUGGAAUUUUCUUUGCUAAAUUUUACAAACGAGAAAUACACCCAGAAUUUGGGAAUUGCUCCAGGCUGCGUGUGAGGGUUUCAUUGCUUGUCUAAUCCUUUUCGAGAAGAGAAUUCGCCAAAAGGGGCUUGGAUGGCAGGAACCCGGCCGGGUUUCUGUGGCAGCUCGUGUUGUGGGUCUCUGCUCUGAGGGGUCUGCGGCCGAUCCGAGAGCUCCUGUCGCUGGCUGCGGGGCCCUUUCGUAAGCGCGGGUUGGGGAACAUGUCCCGCUCAGGCCCGGGUGAGCCGCUGGCUGCUGGGACUUCCUAGCCCCGUGGGAGAGUGUCGUGGCCGCGGCUUUGAACCGAAGACGAAGACUGUCCUCUCCCGGGCUCUUCCUCUCGCUGCGAACACGGGAAAGAACUAGGGGGUGCAAGGAGGCAGCAUGACUUGCAGUCGCCACCGCCCUGCAUCUGCCCCCAGCCCCCAGCCCACAUCUUGAUGCGCCCCGGGUCGGCUGUACAAAUAUGAUGAAAUGGCAGCCCCGGAAGAAGGCAUACUUCCGACAGGGUGUUGCCCUCCAGUACCUUGGACGUCACGCAGAUGCCCUGGCGGCCUUUGCAUCUGGGCUGGCUCAAGACCCCAAAAGUCUCCAGCUCUUGGUGGGCAUGGUGGAAGCUGCCAUGAAGUCUCCCAUGAGAGACACCCUGGAGCCCACUUACCAGCAGCUUCAGAAAAUGAAGCUGGACAAGAGUCCUUUUGUGGUCGUGUCUGUGGUGGGGCAGGAACUCCUGACAGCUGGCCACCACGGGGCCUCUGUGGUUGUCUUAGAGGCUGCUCUGAAGAUUGGCACUUGCAGCCUCAAGCUGAGAGGCUCUGUCUUCUCCGCCUUGAGCAGUGCACACUGGUCUCUUGGGAACACAGAGAAGAGCACUGGGUACAUGCAGCAAGACUUGGAUGUAGCCAAGACCUUAGGUGACCACACAGGAGAAUGCCGAGCUCACGGGAAUCUAGGCUCUGCGUUCUUCUCCAAAGGAAAUUACCGAGAGGCUCUCACAAACCACAGGCAUCAGUUGGUCCUUGCCAUGAAGCUCAAGGAUCGGGAGGCAGCUUCGUCAGCCCUGAGUAGUCUGGGUCAUGUGUACACAGCCAUCGGAGACUAUCCCAAUGCUCUGGCCAGUCACAAACAGUGUGUUCUUCUUGCCAAGCAGUCCAAAGAUGAACUUUCUGAAGCCCGAGAACUCGGCAACAUGGGAGCUGUGUACAUCGCUAUGGGCGACUUUGAGAAUGCCGUGCAGUGCCAUGAGCAGCACCUGCGGAUAGCCAAGGACCUGGGGAGCAAGCGGGAGGAGGCCCGUGCCUACAGCAACCUGGGCAGUGCCUACCACUACCGGAGGAACUUUGACAAGGCCAUGUCCUACCACAACUGUGUGCUGGAGCUGGCACAGGAACUGAUGGAGAAGUCCAUUGAGAUGCGGGCCUAUGCUGGUUUGGGCCAUGCCGCCAGGUGCAUGCAGGACUUGGAGAGGGCAAAACAGUACCACGAGCAGCAGCUGGGCAUUGCUGAGGACCUCAAGGACCGGGCUGCGGAGGGCCGCGCAUCCUCCAAUCUGGGGAUCAUCCACCAGAUGAAAGGUGAUUACGACGCGGCCCUGAAGCUUCAUAAGACCCACCUGGGCAUCGCCCAAGAGCUGAGUGACUACGCAGCCCAAGGCCGCGCCUAUGGGAAUAUGGGCAACGCCUACAACGCCCUGGGCAUGUACGACCAGGCUGUCAAGUACCACCGUCAGGAGCUGCAGAUCUCCAUGGAGGUGAACGACCGAGCCUCUCAGGCUUCAACUCACGGAAACCUGGCGGUUGCCUACCAGGCCUUGGGAGCCCACGACCGGGCCCUGCAGCAUUACCAGAACCACUUGAACAUUGCCCGGGAGCUUCGAGACAUCCAGAGUGAGGCCCGGGCACUCAGCAACCUGGGAAAUUUCCACUGCUCGAGAGGAGAGUAUGUCCAGGCUGCACCCUACUAUGAGCAGUACCUCCGCCUUGCUCCUGACCUCCAAGACAUGGAAGGAGAGGGAAAGGUCUGCCACAACCUCGGCUAUGCCCACUACUGCCUUGGGAACUACCAGGAGGCUGUGAAGUACUAUGAGCAGGACCUGGCCCUGGCCAAAGACCUCCAUGAUAAACUGAGCCAAGCAAAAGCCUAUUGUAACUUGGGCCUGGCCUUCAAGGCUCUGCUGAACUUCACUAAAGCCGAGGAGUGUCAGAAAUACCUUCUGUCCUUAGCCCAGUCUCUGGAUAAUUCCCAGGCUAAGUUUCGAGCCUUAGGGAACCUGGGCGAUAUAUUUGUCUGUAAAAAGGACGUAAACGGUGCAAUAAAGUUCUACGAGCAGCAGUUGGGCUUAGCUCACCACGUGAAAGACAGAAGGCUGGAGGCCAGUGCCUAUGCAGCCCUGGGUACCGCGUACCGGAUGGUCCAGAAGUAUGACAAGGCCUUGGGUUAUCACACACAGGAGCUGGAGGUCUAUCAGGAACUGAGCGACUUACCAGGGGAGUGCCGGUCUCAUGGGCACCUGGCGGCUGUCUACAUGGCCCUUGGAAAAUACACAAUGGCGUUCAAGUGUUACCAGGAACAGCUGGAGCUGGGGCGGAAGCUGAAAGAGCCAAGUCUGGAAGCCCAGGUGUACGGCAACAUGGGCAUCACGAAGAUGAACAUGAAUGUGAUGGAGGAUGCCAUUGGCUACUUUGAGCAGCAGCUGGCCAUGCUGCAGCAGCUCAGCGGGAACGAGUCUGUGCUAGACAGGGGUCGGGCUUACGGCAACCUGGGGGACUGCUACGAAGCCCUGGGGGACUAUGAGGAAGCCAUCAAGUACUAUGAGCAGUAUCUGUCUGUUGCCCAGAGUCUGAACCGCAUGCAGGACCAAGCCAAGGCCUACCGGGGUCUCGGAAAUGGACACAGGGCUACUGGGAGCUUGCAGCAGGCCCUUGUGUGCUUUGAGAAGAGGCUUGUGGUGGCCCAUCAACUCGGGGAGGCCGCCAAUAAAGCUCAGGCCUAUGGAGAGCUGGGAAGUCUCCACAGCCAAUUAGGGAAUUAUGAACAAGCCAUUUCCUGCCUUGAACGCCAGCUGAACAUUGCCAGAGACAUGAAGGACCGAGCCUUGGAGAGUGAUGCGGCCUGCGGCCUGGGGGGUGUCUACCAGCAGAUGGGGGAGUACGACACAGCCCUGCAGUAUCACCAGCUCGAUCUGCAGAUCGCAGAGGAGACCGACAACCCCACGUGCCAGGGCCGAGCCUAUGGGAACCUGGGUCUGACCUACGAGUCCCUGGGUACCUUCGAGAGGGCUGUGGUCUACCAAGAACAGCACCUGAGCAUUGCGGCACAGAUGAACGACCUGGUGGCCAAGACAGUGUCCUACAGCAGCCUGGGAAGGACGCAUCACGCUUUGCAGAACUAUUCCCAGGCGGUCAUGUACUUACAGGAAGGUUUAAGGUUAGCUGAGCAAUUGGGCCGAAGAGAAGAUGAGGCAAAAAUUCGCCAUGGUCUUGGUCUCUCCCUUUGGGCAAGUGGGAACCUGGAGGAAGCUCAGCACCAGCUUUAUAGGGCAUCGGCCCUGUUUGAAACGAUCCGGCAUGAGGCACAGCUGAGCACAGACUACAAGCUCUCCCUCUUCGACCUGCAGACGGCAUCGUACCAGGCCUUACAGCGGGUGCUUGUCAGCCUAGGUCACCAUGAUGAAGCCCUGGCCGUAGCAGAAAGAGGUCGGACUAGGGCAUUUGCUGACCUUCUGGUGGAAAGACAGACGGGACAACAGGACUCCGACCCCUACUCGCCCAUCACCAUCGAUCAGAUCUUAGAGAUGGUUAAUGCACAGCGGGGACUGGUGCUGUACUAUUCCCUGGCUGCGGGCUACCUCUACAGCUGGCUGCUUGCUCCCGGGGCAGGAAUCCUGAAGUUCCAUGAACAUUACCUGGGUGAUAGCUCAGUGGAAGGUUCCAGUGACUUCCAAGCCAGCAGCAGUUCGACUCUACCUAUAGCAACCUGCUCUGCCCUGGAGCAGCACAUUGCCAGCGUCCGGGAGGCCCUGGGGGUGGAGUCUUUCUACUCCAGGGCCUGUGCCAGCAGUGAGACAGAAAGUGAGGCUGGAGACAUCAUGGAACAGCAGUUGGAGGAGAUGGAUAAACAGCUUAACUCGGUCACCGACCCCACGGGCUUCCUGAGGAUGCUGCGGCACAAGAACCUCAUGCACAGGAGCUGCCAGAGCAUGACAAGCUUGUUCAGUGGUACCGUGUCACCCAGCAAAGAUGGGACUUCCUCUCUCCCCAGGAGGCAAAACUCAUUGGCCAAGCCCCCACUCCGUGCCCUGUAUGAUCUGCUCAUCGCGCCCAUGGAAGGGGGCCUGAUGCACUCAAGUGGCCCUGUGGGCCGGCACCGGCAGCUGGUCCUGGUUCUGGAGGGGGAGCUCUACCUUGUCCCCUUUGCUCUCCUGAAGGGCAGUGCCUCCAACGAGUACCUGUAUGAGCGCUUUACCCUCAUUGCCGUGCCUGCCCUCCGCUCGCUUGGUCCACACUCUAAGUGUCACCUGAGGAAGACCCCACCCACAUACUCCAGCUCCACUGCCAUGGCAGCGGUCAUAGGCAACCCCAAGCUCCCAUCAGCAGUAAUGGACAGGUGGCUGUGGGGACCAAUGCCUUCUGCGGAGGAGGAGGCAUACAUGGUAUCAGAGCUUCUGGGCUGUCAGCCCCUUGUGGGCAGUAUGGCCACCAAGGAGAGGGUCAUGAGCGCCUUGACCCAGGCAGAGUGUGUCCACUUUGCUACCCAUGUCUCUUGGAAACUGUCAGCCUUAGUCCUCACACCCAACAUGGAGGGCAACCCUGCUGGCAGCAAGAGCUCCUUCGGCCACCCCUACACAAUCCCCGAGUCGCUGCGGGUGCAGGAUGAUGCAAGUGACGGAGAAAGCAUCUCAGACUGCCCACCGCUGCGGGAGCUGCUCCUCACUGCUGCUGACCUCCUGGACCUGCGGCUGUCUGUGAAGCUGGUGGUACUCAGCUCUUCCCAGGAGGCCAACGGCCGCGUCACAGCGGACGGCUUGGUGGCACUGACACGGGCCUUCCUAGCUGCUGGUGCACAGUGUGUACUAGUGGCUCUGUGGCCAGUGCCAGUAGCAGCUUCCAAGAUGUUUAUUCAUGCCUUCUACUCAUCCCUGCUGAAUGGCCUCAAGGCCAGUGCCUCCCUCGGCGAGGCCAUGAAAGCAGUGCAGAGCAGCAAGGCCUUCUCACACCCCUCCAACUGGGCAGGUUUCACACUUAUUGGGAGUGAUGUAAAGCUGAACAGCCCCUCCUCACUCAUCGGCCAGGCCCUCACGGAGAUCCUGCAGCACCCGGAGCGGGCUCGGGAUGCCCUACGAGUGCUGCUACACCUGGUGGAGAAGUCCCUACAGCGCAUCCAGAACGGGCAGCGCAAUGCCAUGUACACAUCCCAGCAGAGUGUAGAGAACAAAGUGGGUGGCAUUCCCGGAUGGCAGGCCCUCCUCACUGCUGUGGGCUUCCGGCUGGACCCUGCUGCCAGUGGCCUGCCGGCAGCUGUCUUCUUCCCAACCUCGGACCCAGGCGAGAGGUUGCAGCAGUGCAGCAGCACCCUUCAGGCCCUGCUGGGUCUGCCCAACCCAGCCCUCCAAGCACUGUGCAAGCUCAUCACAGCCUCAGAGACUGGAGAGCAGCUUAUCAGCCGGGCUGUUAAAAAUAUGGUGGGAAUGCUCCAUCAGGUGCUGGUCCAGCUGCAGGCCUGCGAGAAGGAACAGGACUUUGCCUCAGCUCCCAUUCCGGUCUCCCUCAGUGUCCAGCUGUGGCGGCUCCCAGGGUGUCACGAGUUCCUGGCAGCUCUCGGUUUUGACCUGUGUGAAGUGGGCCAAGAGGAAGUGAUCCUGAAAACUGGGAAACAAGCUAGUCGACGCACUACCCACUUUGCACUCCAGUCCCUGCUGUCACUCUUUGAUUCCACAGAGCUCCCCAAACGCCUCAGCCUGGACAGCUCAUCCUCCCUGGAGUCACUGGCAUCAGCACAGUCUGUGUCCAAUGCUCUGCCACUGGGCUACCAGCACCCUCCUUUCUCCCCCACUGGGGCAGACAGCAUUGCCUCCGAUGCCAUCUCAGUGUACAGUCUCAGCUCCAUUGCCUCCUCCAUGAGCUUCGUCUCCAAGCCCGAGGGGGCUUUGGAAGGUGGGGGCCCCCGAGGACGACAGGACUAUGAUAGGCCCAAGAGUGCCCACCCACAACGAGCCACCCUGCCACGGCGCCAGCUGUCCCCUCAGGCCAGACGUGGGAGCAGCAAGGAAGAGGAAGAAUAUGAGGGGUUCUCCAUCAUCAGCAUGGAACCGCUGGCAGCCUACCAAGGUGAUGGGAAGGCACGCUUCUCCCCAGACCCCAAGCAGCCUUGUGUCAGGGCACCCGGUGGUGUGAGGCUUUCAGUCAGCUCCAAGGGAAGUGUUAGCACUCCCAAUUCCCCCGUGAAGAUGACCCUGAUCCCCAGCCCAAACUCACCCUUCCAGAAAGUGGGAAAACUGGCAAGCUCAGACACAGGUGAGUCAGACCAGUCCAGCACAGAGACCGACAGCACCGUGAAGUCCCAGGAGGAGAGUACCCAAAAGCUCGACCCCCAGGAGCUGGCCCAGAGGAUCCUAGAGGAGACUAAAAGCCACCUCCUUGCAGUAGAGCGCCUUCAGAGGAGUGGUGGCCCAGCAGGCAAGGGCCCUGACCGAGAAGAAGGCAUGGUAGCAGCACCCAACAGCACCACAGUCUUUAGAGCUUCAGAAACCAGCGCCUUCAGCAAGCCUGUACUCUCCCAUCAGAGGAGUCAGCUGUCACCACUCACUAUCAAACCACAGCCCCCAGCCAGGAGCUCAUCGCUCCCCAAAGUGAGCAGCCCUGCCACAUCAGAGGUAUCAGGCAAGGAUAGCCUGAGCUCUCCAAGCAGCAGCCGCCCAUCACCUGGCCGUGACACCCCAGCCUCCCCGGCAGACCCACCACUCUUUAGACUCAAGUACCCCAGCUCUCCUUACAGUGCUCACAUUUCCAAGUCCCCCCGGAACACAUCCCCUGGCUCAGGCCAUCAAUCCCCUGCGUGUAGUGCGCCAUCUCCUGCUCUUUCCUACUCUUCAGCUGGCUCUGCUCGCUCCAGUCCAGCUGAUGCCCCAGAUGAGAAGGUGCAGGCAGUGCACAGCCUCAAGAUGCUCUGGCAGAGUGCACCCCAGCCCCCCAGGGGUCCGCGGAAAAUAUGCCGAGGUGCACCAGGAGCCUUGACAUCUAAAAGAGAUGUCCUCAGCCUGCUGAACUUGUCCCCUCGGCACAGCAAAGACGAGGGCGGGGCAGACAGACUGGAACUGAAGGAGCUGCCUGUGCAGCGGCGUGAUGAGGUGCCACCCAAAGUCCCCACCAACGGUCACUGGUACAUGGAGACAGCAGCGCUGACGACGACGUCUGGUGGCCUCAGCACCACAGCUGCCACCCGCCCUCUGAGACUGCCCUUGGCCAAUGGUUACAAGUUCCUCUCCCCAGGAAGGCUUUUCCCCUCCUCCAAAUGUUAGAGCAUCUUGGCCCUGACUCAGUGCACAGUACAGCCAGAGUCUUGGGGUCCCUCCUCUAGUGCAGUCACCUACACAGCCACUGAAACCAUCUCUCCUCGGACAGGUGGGCUCCCCAGGCAAGGUCGCAGCCAUGCCAAACACCAUUGUACUCACGGGUAGCUCCCCUGGGCCAGAUCCACCAAAAGCAGGUCUCGCAUGGGGUGGGAAUGGCCGUGUGUCUCUGCUGCCUCUUUGCUCCUGCUUCUGCCACAGGACCUGUGGGAGGAAGGCAGCACCGGUUUUGCUACCAAGUCUCUAUGCAUAUCUUUCCUACAGGAGCACAAACAGCUCCUGCUGGGCUCCCGGGUGCUGAUGGGAUGUAGAACAUUCUAAGUUCUGCACUGAUGCAUUACAUUAUCCAAAAGGAGAACUGUGGUUUUUAAAAUGCCAAUUCUUUGUGAUUAAAUUGUAGCCAUUUUGGUGGAUACCAGAAGUCACAGCCACAAUGCAAUAAUUCAUGUUGAAAGCGCUUGCAUCCCCAGCUGCUCCCCAUGAGCUCGGCUGGGCCUUUUGACCCCACUGUUGGCCAAACUUGAAUUUUCUUAAAAAAAAAAAAAAUUCUAUACUCUUGUCCAGGCAUUUUAGAACUAUGCAAUUGUGGUUUAAAACACAACGUUGUGCUUUUAAAACAUAACUGACCUUUUUUGUACAUGGAUAAACACUUGGUUUUAUUAUCAAUAGUACUUUGCAUUUAUAGCUAUUAUUUUUAAAAGCUCAAGAAAUUUUAAAUGUCAAAUUUUGAAUAUUCACCCAUAAGUAGUAAUCAAGUUUUCUUGGGAGUAUGGUUGAAAUUAUUCAAUUUACUUAUUUAAAAAAAAAAAAAAGAUAGAAAGGAAAAAAAAAAAUGUCCCCUGGCUAGACCAGAACCCCAGCCACUUCAGCUGCCUUGCUGCAUUUCUCCUCUCCCAGCUCAGGCCCACAAGCCUCUCCUCUCUCCACCACCAGGCCCCACAGCCCAGCUGGUUUCUUGUGACUGCCUGCUACCACCUCUGCGGCAUUACCAACCAGGCCAGUCUUUUCCAUGCACUGUGACAGUGCCAGUCACAACUCCACCAGGUCAGGGGAAACACUCCAUGUUUGUACGAGAUUCACGUACUCCUCAGUGAGAGCAGUCAUCACGGCCAAGGCGCCCCCCAUCACAGGAGUGGGGGUGCUGGCAUCAUGACCCCCAAGGGCACUUCUCACCUUGAGUAGGAUCUGACUUUGGUUUUGUUUCUGAUUGUGGCUUUUUAAAGCAGGGUCUCUAGCCCAAACUAGCCUCUCAGAUCUGCAGCAAUCCUCCUGCCUCUGCCUUGAGGCCUGUACCCCCACACUAUGCUAAGACCUCACUCUGUAGCCACUGACUGCUACUUCCUCCUCAAUGUGCUCUUUUAAAAACUGACACUGUCGGCUGGCUCCAUGUAAUUCUGGUGAGUUUUGUCAGAGAGGAUUCCGCAUCCAAACAACCUUGUUGACAAACAAUAAUAAGGCCAUCACAUUUAACCUGCCCCAUCCCUGGGAGAGAAAUUCUUCAUGAAAGCAGCAUGUACUAUCUUCUGUUAGCAGGGAGCUAACUUGCCAUGUAGCAAAUGAAAACCAAACCCAGCACUGUGCAUUCCACUUGCAAAGUCAGGUCCUUGGCAACCGAGAAUCAACCUCAGCACAAAUGCAGGUGGCUGGGCCCUGUCCUUCUCAGCCACCACCUCAGCCUCUUCCCCCAAGUGCCCAGGAGCCUGGCUGUUUGUGCUCUGUCCAGGGCGCAGGCCACCAUCAGCAAAUACCUCCCCCCUCCGACCAUGUGUGGUUGUCAAGCCAUGGAGGACUCCAAGGCUGCUCUGGUGUACUCCUAGGCACACUGCUGUUUUCUGGUUCACACUGAAGAGCCAGACAGUACCUGCAAUGCUUUCUGUUUAUCUUAGAUAGAAGGUUCAACGAAGGAAAACAAAGCUGACAAAGUAAUGGGGCCAAUGUGCAGAUCCAAGUUAGUGCUUAUGUUCGCCUUGGUGAUUUCACGCGCAUGUGAAAAAGAGGAUUCUUCACAUCAUGAGAGACUGCGUGACUCAGCAUUCUGGAUGGGUCAGAGGUUGGCAACCAUGAUCCACAGACUAAAGCUGGUGAAUGAGUUGGAAGUUUGGUUUGUUUGUUUGUUUGUUUUGGCCAUAAGCCAGUGAUGGGUUUUACCUUUUAAAAUGGUUAAUAAGUACAAGACAAGUCUUGGUUUUGCCUCUUGGUUCACAAAGCCUGAAGUCACCUAUUAUCCUGCAUUUUAAAAGAAAGGUUGGCUCCUGGUAUAUACAGCAGAAAAUGCAACUGAAAUUUUGUUCCACAGCCAGGAAGUUUUCAAGGAAGCAGUGGGCCCACUGGGCCUGGAGCCUUGAGGGCUCACAUUUGGUGUAGGUGGCUCCUACCUAGCCCUUGGCUCUUCACCAUGUGUGAGAGGAGCUGACAGAUGUGGGUGAAAGAUACAAAAGUCGCCUCUGUUUCCCCUUUGCUGGUAGUAGAUAGAUGUUCCCUUAAGCUCAGGAAUUGAAAAUUUUUAAUAAAUUUUUUUCUUAAAUGUUCUACCCUGCUCUACCAGACAAAGACAUGCCCCAGACAAGCAACAGUCUCCUCUGGGAGCUUGGUGGGACUACAGAGCAAGGCCAUAGGCUGCCCCAGUUCUUACCAGUAAUGACUGCUAACUGCAAACUAACAUAAGAAUCACCUACAAAACUUACAUCUUGACCCACAUUGUCUCUGCAGCAAUGAGCAGGGCUCACCUUCCUCCCUUUUAGAGAGAAAAAUAAAAUCAGUCCACACUGAUAGGUGGUGAGGUGCUGCCCACAGGAUCCAACUGCCCCCAGCACACACAGAAGCUUCAGUGGUCCUUAGCUGUACACCUCAUAAGGAGGCAAAUAGCAACAGGGAGCUUUUCCUCACACCUUUUGUUUUAUGUGAAUUGGCCGUAUAUGUGGCUUGUGAACUGGGCCUGUCUGUAGUGGAUCCUUCAGAGAUGUCCAUGCCAGCGACCACCCUCCCCCAUCCUGGGCACCUCACCCCCAUCCUGGGCACCUCCCCACUUGGCAUUCACGCUCCUUAUAUGCAUUGUUAGCCACCUUUGGCCUACAUGGACUUUUUUUGUAAAUUACACAGUUUCCAAACAGCAUUAAACUUUUUAUAUUAUAAAAUUUGCCAUGUAAAAAGAACUUCCUAUUUUUAUUGAGGCUGCGGGCGCUUGGCCCUUCCUUUGUGAUUCAGUGUCUAUUAAAGCAUGAGCCUGUCAGUUUUAAA